AUGGCCACUCCCUCGAUACAGGCCAUGCGAUCACACUAUACCACAUCCUGGAAGAAUUUCCUCGCCUCAUCUAAGAAUCUCGAAAUUCUGUCCUCCGUCCCCGCCGAUUGCCCGCAGUCUCCCUCCGUUCUCUACGUCCUCGACUCGUCCUUCAACCCUCCCACACUCGCCCACCUCCAAAUCGCAGCAUCUGCUCUGCGAGAAAAGCCUGAUUCUCCAGCCCGAUUGCUGCUUUUACUGGCUACCCAGAAUGCAGAUAAGCCGGCCAAACCUGCCUCGUUCGAGGAUCGCCUUCUCAUGAUGGAGCUGUUUGCCCACGAUCUCCUGUCGCAUUUACAAUCCUCUCAGCAGCAACAGCAACAGUUGCCACAGAUCGACAUUGGUGUAACAAGGAAACCAUACUUCGUGGACAAAGCAGCAGAAAUCGAGAACGCAGAUAUCUACCCCGCAUCGCUUGAACAAGUCCAUCUCACAGGUUACGACACCUUGAUUCGCAUCUUCAACCCCAAGUACUAUCCGCCAGAGCAUACUCUCCAGCCUCUCGCGCCGUUCCUGUCCCAGCACAGACUUCGAGUAACCAUGCGGCCCAAUGAUGAAUGGGGUAGCCAGGAAGAGCAGCAGAACUUCCUUGUGAAUCUGGCCCAGGGAGGUCGGGCAAGUGAGGGCGGGAAGCCGGAAUGGGCGCAGCGGAUUCAGUUGGUCCAGGGUAGUAGGUCGGAGGAUCCCCCAGUCAGUUCGACUAAAGCUCGGGAGGCGAUUCAGCAGGAUCCUGAGCUGCUGGGGACUUUGGUUCCGCCCAGGGUUCGAGACUUUCUUUCACGGGAGACGCCGUAUGCUGGCAGUUGA